CCUUAGUUUUCGCACCUUAUCUUCAUAUAUAUACAUAUUUGUGUUUGAAUGUGUGGAGUGGAUGCGAGUUCAAAUUCGGAUUCAAGGAAAGUAUACUGUCCACAUCCACAGCACUGAAUGGGAACAAAAAGUCCAUGCUGAAGUGGAAUGUGACAGUGAGAAUCAAGAGCCCCACAGAAUUCAUUUUGCUUUUCAAGUCUUUAAAAAAGUGAAAAAAAGGAAUAAGUCUCUUUAACCUGUGCAUUAAUCUUUAAUUUAUAACAAGAUAGGAUUUGAUUUUCAACUUGAUAUUCUUCUGUUGUUUUUUCCUGUACAGGUUAGGAUUUGCAAACUUGCUAUAGUAGUUUCAAGUUUAACUUUGCGUUGUCUGCAAGGAAAGCAUAAAUAUAUUCCAAUUCCAACUCUUAUAUUGGAAAGAGACAAAUGAGUGUGAUUGUGCAUGGUAACCUUAACUUCUGCAGCUUUUGAUUAUCCAUCUGAAUCAGUUUUCAGCUUCUAUAACCAAACAAAGUUUUUCAAUAGAAAUGGCAUCUGCAGAAUCAAGUCCAUUGAUGUCUUUUGAUCAUGUCCAGGCUUCUGUCACUGAGUUCGCUAGGGGAUUUAACCACAGUUACUACCAACCCCUGCACUUAGCAAUACUAAAUGGCGAUUGGGAAUCCACAAAGGCUUUCCUUGAUAACGAUCCAAGCACAUUGACAGCGAAGAUUACAAUACUUGGUAGGACUGCACUUCAUGUUGCAGCGGUAGGAGCUCAAUGGAAACUUGUUGAGAAAUUGGUGCAAUAUAUGCCUGCAAAUAUGCUAUCGGAAUUGGAUUUGAUGGGUUGUACUUGCCUUCACUAUGUUGCUAUGGGCGAAAGUGUAGAUUCUGCUAAGACGUUGGCGGCAAAAUAUCCUUCUCUUACACAAGUAACUGAUUUUAAAGGAUUCACACCACUCAUCUAUAGUAUUACCUCUACAAGAUGUAAGGACAUGGUUUGGUAUCUUGUUUUGAGUACUACUGAUGAGAGACCUGGCUGUCCAUUCUCUGGUCCCUCAGCUAGUCAACUUGUUGCUUUGCUUACUGCCGCCGGAUUUCAUGAUAUCACCAUGUAUCUUCUUCAGCGCUACCCUAACUUGGCAACAAUUUCUGAUUCAAAUGGAAGCAUUAUACUUAAUGUUCUGUCAAAAUUGCCAUCACACUUUCAAAGUGGACACAAGCUUGGAUUUUGGAAAAGAUGCAUUUACCACUGCGUUCCUGUAGAACUCGAGCAUUUGCCACCCAAUCAGUCAAGCCAUCACCAGUCUUAUUUUGGAAAUACAAUAUGGGAUGCCCUUCAAACUCUUGUUCCUAGCAUAAAGCUAGUUAGAGAUACAAAGUUGAGACAUGUAAAUGCUGUGAGAUUGGUAGAGUUUGUUUCCUCACAAGCUUCAAACCUGAAUGACUGUCAAUUCUGGCAAUCUUUUGUGAGUGCAGACAUUAUUUUCAGUGCAACAUCAUCUGGCAUUGUUGAAAUUUUAAGGAUCUGUUUUAGGUUUUUUCCUGAUUUGAUUUGGACUCACAUGCCAAAUGAAGGGUAUGUUGCUCAAAUUGCCAUAAAGAAUAGGCAACAAAAAGUUUUUAGUCUUCUAUGCAAGAUGCCAAUAAUUUUCAAGCUUUUAGUCCUGGCAUUAGAUGAAUCACAGAACACUACAUCACAUCUGGCCGCAAGGUUGGCUUCUCAAGUAGAGUCAAUUUCAGGUUCAGCAUUUCAAAUGCAAAGAGAGUUACAGUGGUUUAAGGAAGUAGAGAAAUUGGAUCACCCUCUCCAUAAAGAAGUUAAAAACCAAGAAGGUAAAACAGCAUGGCAAGUGUUCAAGGAAGAACAUAAAGCAUUGCUUGAAGAAGGGAAAAAUUGGAUGAAGGAUACAUCAAACUCUUGUAUGUUAGUAGCAACUCUUAUUGCGACAAUCGCCUUUGCAGCCGCAAUAACUGUACCUGGAGGUAACAACCAGGACAAAGGAAUACCAAUAUUCUUGUCAGACAACACAUUCAUGGUAUUUGUUGUGUCAGAUGCACUAGCCUUAUUUUCCUCAAUGGCUUCUCUUCUAAUGUUUCUAGCAAUCCUAAAUGCACGAUACACCGAAGAAGAUUUUAUGAUGGCAUUGCCUGAGAGAUUAAUAUUAGGUAUGGCUUCUUUGUUCUUUGCUGUUGUGACUACAAUGGUAGCAUUUGGUGCAGCUUUGUCUAUGUUGCUAAAGGAGAGACUUACAUGGGCUCCAAUUCCUAUUGCUCUUUUGGCUUGUGUUCCAAUUGCUCUAUUUGCAAAGCUUCAACUUCCUUUGUUCAUAGAAAUGGUCAUAUCAACAUAUGAAUCUCAAUUUUGACAUGUAAAUAAUAGAUGCAUAUAAACAAAGGAAGAGUUUUAGAAUAUUAAACUUAUUUCAUGUACAAUCUUCACUCUAUGACAGCAUACCUAAACCUGUAUUCAUAUUCCAUGUGACAUGUCAAGUAAACUUGUCACAUUGCACACUCA